AUGGCACGCGUAACCCUCUCCCCUGCAGCACGCUGUGCUACUCUGCGCUUGCCCCAGUGCCUCUCAACACCAAGCCCACACACUGCACCGUACUACGCGGUUUCCCUCACUGUCCCCGUUUUGUCUGGUUUUUGUGCCCCGCCGGGCGGGGGCGGGGCUCGGCCCUACGGGCGCGGCGGAGAGGUGGCAUCUGCUGAAAUUAGUACUCCUGUGUCUACGAGGACUAGAAGAAGAAGUAAAUCAGUUCAUAAGCCAGAGGUAAUUCAGGAAUCUCAGUUUGAAGAGGUGGAUCAUGCAGAAACAAAGUCAGAUGUCAGUGAUAGCUUAGAGAUGCAAAUUACUAGAAAUGAGAACACGACUGUUCGUUCAGUUGCUGAACCACAAGCUGAUGGCGAUGUGUCAGAAACAGAAUCAAAUUGCUCUGCUGUGUCUGGUCUUCACACACCUUUGUUUGUAAGAGUAACAAGACGACGACAAAUUGUAGUUCCUUGUCAACCGGAUUCUCCUGACAAAAAAAGACAUGACAAGACAGCUUUUCUAAAUAAAUUAAACAGGAUUCUGGAUGAAGAUGAUGUCUCUGAAGCUGAGUCGUGCGCCUCUGCUGUUUCUGGUGUCCAGAUGCCUAAUGUUACCAGAACUACAAGAAGCAAACAAAGCAAAAAGAAAUUGCAGCCAGAUACAGUUCGUGAAGCCCAGAGUGAAGAUAUUGCUGAUGCAGAGUCAUGCUGCUUAACUUCUCAUAUGGAACCACCCAUCACUACCAAACGAGUUACUAGGAGCAUGCAAAUGAAAUCACAAGCAGAAAAUGCUAAGCAGCCUGAGAAGGGAAACGGAGUUGUUUCAGAAGAUGAAAAUUUAAUAGAGGACACCAUUGAAUCUGAGCCAGUAAAAAUUUCUGAUUCUAGACCUGAUGCAGAACUUGUCUCUGACACAGAAGAUGCUUCCUCUCUCACUGGAGAUAAUAAAGAAUUUAGUUCACCUAAAAGCAAAUAUUCAUCCAAAUCUGCCAAUACAACCCAGAGUGAAGAUGUGAAAGAAGAUGUUUUGAAUAAUGUAAUACCCAGCAGUCUUACAAAAGUGAAAUUAAGUGACACUGAAUCGCCUGGAAAAAAAGCAGUAAAAAAUGCAUGGUCUGUUGGGGUAGAUGAUUCAGAGGAAGUAUGUGGCCAAAUACAAGAAAAACACAGUAGAAUACUUAGGAGGAAGGGGAAACUAGAGCGUAUGGAUCUUUGUUUGACUGAUUGCAUGAGUCCCAAAAAAAUUUUAGAAUCCAAAGAGCAAAUAACACCAAAUGAAAGUAAAACAAUUCCAGAAUGCAAAAGAGCAGAUGCUGAGGCAGAUGCACAGCAGUCUUUCACCCAUGCUGAAAAAUUAAAAAAGGGGGAGCAAGCUAGUGCCGUGAGCAGCCCACAGAAGGACAUAGCUGUUUUACGAAAAACUGAUAGCAUUGGUGGAUGCGGGGUGCUUGAAAUUGAUGUGGGCCGUGGUGAAGACCAAACGGGAGAAUAUGCUGAAUCUGUAUCCCACAGCAGUGAAAGUGAUGAAUCUGAAAAUAGUGAUGUGGCAGACAUAGGUACAGUUGAAGAGAAUCUGUGUUAUAAAGAGGCAGGUAAGAGGCCUCCUUCUCUCAACAAAUCUUUGAAGGACAGUUCACUGCAUGCUGAAGGGCUUUUUGUAAUUGAUACUGAGCCUGGCAUGAGCUCCAGCCGAAACUAUUACCUAGAUCAGGUAGACCAAGCUAGUGAUGCUGAAAGUAAGCAUGAAGGAAGUGAAAAAGAUGAAGAAUCCUCGGAUCUAGAAGAGGCUGAAGAGGAAUUGAUAGAUGAAGAUGAGAAUGAUGAAGAUGAUGAUUUGUUGAAAAAUAAGAUUGACGUUUUACAUCUUUCCAGCAGCAUAGACCCUGGUUUGAAUAUCAAGAAACUUGGAGGUUUAUAUAUUAGUUUUGAUGCAAAAAAACAGAAGCCUACAUCAAGUGUAAUUAAACAACUGAAGGAGAAGAAGGACCAGCUCUUGCAGAAGAGUAUAAUAACUCCAGAUUUUGAAAAAAAGGAAUGUGUUCCACCCUUCAGGGAAUCACUGCAUCAGCUAAAGAAACAGCGCAGGGCAGAGCGAGCAAAAACAACAGGUGACGGUUGGUUUGGUAUGAAAGCCCCAGAAAUCACAAGCGAACUGAAAAAUGAUCUUAAAGUUUUGAAGAUGAGAGCUUCGUUGGACCCUAAGCAUUUUUAUAAGAAGAAUGAUAGAGAUGGUCUGCCCAAGUACUUCCAGGUUGGAACUGUGGUUGAUUCUCCCAUAGACUUUUACCAUAGUCGAAUCCCUAAGAAACAAAGGAAGAGAACAAUUGUCGAAGAGCUGCUUGCGGAUUCUGAGUUUAGAAGAUAUAAUAAAAAGAAGUAUCAGGAGAUCAUGAGUGAAAAAGCAGCUUUUGCAGCAGGGAAGAGGAAUCGGAAGAAGAAGAAAUUUCACAAUUAA